AUGAGGGAAUUCACGAACAACAUGGAAGGCAGCCUGUCAGCGCGACACCAGGAGUCCGUACUCAAGUGGAACGUCCGGGUGCUGACGUCAGGCGGGUUGUGGCCAGCGGGUCCUCCACGGCUGUUCGCAGUAUUCACCACCUUCGUCUUCGUUGUCAAGUGGACGCACAUUCUGAUGGCAGUGCGAACACUCUACUUGUCGUGGGGCGACCUCAACGAGAUCACGCUGACACUCUUGUCCAUGAUCACCAUGCUGGGCGGUGCUAUCAAGAUGACCCUCUUCUUGAAGAACAGGAGCGUCUACUACCAGCUGGUGCAGAGACUCGACGAUAUGGUCCGUUACCACGAGCAGUACUAUGUGGGGAACGAAACGAUGGUGUCUACUUUUCAGAUGGCGAGAAAGAAGGCCUUGCGUCUCACGUUCAUAACCCUUGGAUACUUGAACGUGCUUGGUCCUCUGUGGUUUGUUAUGCCUCUCCUCGAAGACACGUCGGAGAAGCACCUGCCGUUCAUACCCAUGCACGGACUCAACUUCACCUCGAUACCACUGUACGAGCUAUCGUACGUGACUCAGUGCACCGCCACCUUCUUCUGGCACCUUGUCAGCGUCGGUCUCGACAUGUUCUACGCCAGCCUCAUGAUACACGUCACAGCCCAGCUCACCAUUCUGAACGUGCGCUUCACCAACCUCCAUCUGGAAACGGAUCACUUAAGCUGCCGAUCUAAUCUAAGGCCUAUUACAGCACCGUUCGACAACAGUGAGCUGACGGAAGCCCACAGUAGAAUGUACAGAGAGCUAUGCGAUCUCGUCAGAUCCCACCAAAAAAUUAUCGAGUGUGUAUCGUAG